GAACUUUUUUUUUCAUGUGGGUGGCUUUCAAUCCGCCAUGAUUACCACUCCCAAAAGCACUGGCAAAUCCCUUCACAGUUCCUGCAAUUUCUCCAAACCAUGUAACCAACAAACGAAGGGGGAAAAAAAAGGUGAAAUGGUCACUUCCCCAUCUUUCCUUUCACCGAAAAGUUCAAUUCUAGCACUCCUCUGUUCUGUUCUGUUCCCCUUUUUUCUCCUUUCUUGACCUUUCGAUUAAAUUCAUUAUAAUCACUCAUUAAAUAAACUAAUGCUUUCCAAAAUCCAAAGUCAUCACCCCCCCUUCAAUCCUGCAUGAGUUCAUGUGACUUUCCUCUCACUCCAGCCCCGCAUCCCCACUCAAAAUUCUCGUUCAUCACAGAAGAAGAGUCUGUUAUCGAACAAUCUGUGGGCAGAAUUUUGAUUUUGUUCAAGAAAUUUGAAAUGGGUUCCGAUUUCUGAGAGUGGGUUUUGGUGCUGUGGGGAGUUUCUUUUUUUUUUUUUUUGAGGAGGCAGCGAGAAUGGGAGUCGUCACUGUGGCGGAGUUGAAGCCGAGCAUUUCUGGGAAGAGAUCGUUUCGUCCGAGUUCGAGCAUAAGGCACGCGACUGAAUGGCCAAUCUCUGAUGUCUCCAGUGAUCUUGCCAUCGAAGUAGGAGGCUCAAGCUUUGCACUUCACAAGUUUCCUUUAGUUUCUCGUAGCGGGAAAAUUCGAAAAUUGUUGUUGGAAGCAAAGGAUUCGAAAACCUCCAAAGUUAACCUCUCUUAUAUUCCUGGUGGACCCGAGGCGUUCGAGCUAACUGCAAAAUUCUGUUACGGUAUUAAUGUUGAGAUUACAUUAUCAAAUAUCGCCAUGCUGCAUUGUGCUUCUCAUUACUUGGAGAUGACUGAAGAGUUCGCGGACCGAAACUUGGUAACCAGAACUGAAGCGUACCUAAAGGAGAUGGUGUUUCCGAACAUAUCGAACUCUAUAUCUGUUCUUCACCGCUGUGAAAGUUUAUUACCUUUGUCAGAAGAGAUCAAUCUGGUAAGCAGGCUUAUCAAUGCAAUUGCUAGCAAUGCGUGUAAAGAGCAGCUGACUUCUGGCUUAUUGAAGUUAGACCAUAACUUUCCCUCCAAAACUGCUCAUAACAUCGAGCCAGAAACGCCAUCAGAUUGGUGGGGGAAGUUGCUAACUGUGCUCAGUCUUGAUUUCUUUCAAAGGGUUCUAUCGGCAGUGAAGUCGAAGGGCUUAAAACAGGAUAUGAUCAGCAAGAUUUUGAUAAACUAUGCUCAUAAUUCUCUUCAAGGCCUUGUUGUCAGGGACCACCAUUUAGUUAAGGGAAGUUCCUUAGACUUGGAAUUGCAAAAGAAACAGAGGGUGAUCGUGGAGGCGAUCGUUGGCUUGUUACCGACUCAGUCCCGAAAGAGUCCAGUUCCAAUGGCAUUUCUUUCAAGUUUGUUGAAAACAGCGAUUACUGCUUCGGCUUCGACUUCUUGCAGAUCGGACUUGGAAAGACGGAUGGGCUUGCAAUUGGACCAAGCUAUUCUCGAGGACGUUUUAAUUCCUUCAAUCACACAUGGAAUCAACCAUAGCACUAUGUAUGAUACGGAAUCAGUUGUGAGGAUCUUCUCCAUAUUUCUGAACUUGGAUGAGGACGACGAUGAAGAUAGUCACUUGAAAGAUGAAAGCGAAAUGAUGUGCGAUUUCGACAGUCCUGGUUCACCGAAACAAAGUUCGAUUCUCAAGGUUUCUAAGCUAUUGGACAACUAUCUAGCGGAAGUUGCACUCGACUCAAAUUUGAUGCCUUCAAAGUUCAUAGCAUUAGCAGAACUACUUCCUGAUCAUGCUCGGGCGGUAAGCGAUGGCUUGUACAGAGCUGUCGACAUCUUUCUAAAAGUUCACCCAAACAUUAAAGACUCGGAACGUUACCGCCUUUGCAAAACCAUAGACUGUCAGAAGCUAUCUCAAGAAGCAUGUAGCCAUGCUGCACAAAAUGAAAGGCUACCUGUGCAGAUGGCAGUGCAAGUGCUAUACUUUGAGCAAAUUAGGCUGAGAAAUGCAAUGAAUGGCAACCACAAUCAGUUCUUUUUCGGUUCGACCAAUGGUAGCCAGUUUCCUUUACGUUCGAGCAGUGGCGCCGGGAGUGGAGCCAUCUCUCCCCGGGACAAUUACGCAUCGGUUAGAAGAGAGAACCGAGAGCUGAAGCUCGAAGUUGCUCGAAUGAGAAUGAGGCUGACCGACCUGGAAAAGGACCACGUUUCUAUGAAGCAGGAGCUUGUAAAGUCCCAUCCUGCAAACAAGCUAUUCAAAUCAUUCACCAAGAAGUUAAGUAAGCUCAAUGUUCUUUUCAGGAUCAACAGCAUCAAGCCUAUCGGGACGAAGAGCAGUUCCGAAAACCGGUUCCCGUUUCAAAAGAGAAGGCGGCAUUCGGUUUCGUGACUCUGAAAUCUAAUGAAUUUGGAUGAGUGAAGUGAGAGUGUAUAGUGUAACUUAGUGUGAUCCUGUCUAAUAUGAGGUUUAUAGUUAUUGAGUGUUGAUUCUGGCUGUUUCCCUGUUCAUCCCAAUAACUUUGAUACUUUCUCUCUCUCUUCUUUUUUUGGUGGGCGAGUCUCAAAUUCUCAAAUGCAGGCAUUCCAAACUUGUAUUCUAUAGGUAAAGCCUGAAUGUGUCAUAUUUUCUCCAGUAAAAUAGGGUUGAAAGUGAAACCAUAUUCUUUUAAUUA